AUGAUUGAUAAUCCAUUCGAAUUUGAAAGAGAUUCUAAAAAGUUUACUAAUUCUUUGGAACAUGAUAGAAAUGCAAUUGAAGAAGAAGAUGAUAAAUAAUAGUAGACAAGAUUAACUUAACUUUAUAUUGGUAAAUCUGCAGGUAGAUAUGGAUUAUUGAGAAAAUUAGAAGAGUAGAGUAAAUUUAUUUUAUUUAGCUUAAGCUGAAAAAUUAGCAGUAGAAAGAGAUCUUGUAUUCUCUUAGGAUUUAAAAACAAAAAGUUAUAAUUUAAAACCAGAUCCAAUUUAAUGUCAUUUGAAACAGUUUAAUCCAAGAAUGCUUGAAAAAAAUUAUUAAGAUUCUUUAUAAAAAGCUUAUAAAAUAAAGAGUAUUUUGAAUGAAAAAAAAGAAACUCUUUAGGAUUUUGUUGAAAAGAAAAGAGAAAUUUGUUUAACAAAUCUAAAUAUUUUAACAAAAAAAGAAGAAACAAAUAGACUUGAAGAUUUUAUAAAAAAUGAAUAGGAAUCAUUGUAAGCCAGAAAAUUAUAUUUUAAAAAUGAUUGUGAAUUAGUAAAGAGAUUUAUGAGUGAAGUUAAAUCUCAAGCAGAUUAAGCUGCAAUUUUAGCUGAUAAAGAAAUGAGAAGGAAGGAAGAAGUUAAAGUUGAAGUUGCUAGAAUAUUAGCCUAAAUUGAUAGAUUGAAAUUAUUAAAAAGUAAACUUUAAGAUGAAUAUGAUAAAUUAGAUAAAUAUAGAUAAUUUUUAGAAAAAAUUAAAGUAAUUUUCAAUUUCUAUUAUUUUAGUAACACUAUAAAACCAAAUUUUCAGAGUUAGAAAAAGAUAUUAUAUUGCCACAAUCUAUAUCUAAUUCUAAAAAGACCUUAUUCUUAACAGGUGUUAAUGUUUUAGAAUCUGAAAUAAGAUCAAAGGAAUAAAUAGAGUCAUUGCAAUUUGAAUAUAAGCAAAAUAAAAUGGCUGAUAUUGUUAUAGAGAUUUUGGAUGCAAUUGAGGAAGGUAAUCUAAGAAAUAUGUAAAAUCAAAGAGAUUCUGAAGAAGAAAUAGAAUAAAAAAGGAGGGAGGCUCAACGUUUAAAAGAAAUCUUUGUUAUUCAUCAAAAGGAAAAUGAAUAAAGAUUAAAAAUAUUAGAGAAGUAAUUUGUUAUGCAUCAACAAUAUCAACAGGAAUAAAAAAAAUAAGAAAAAGUUGAUUAAAAUAAAUUAGAAUUUGCAGAAGGUGAAAAUUUGGAUAUGGAUUAAAUAGGAAAACGAAUAAUAGAAAUCUAUGCAGAUGUAUCUAAAAAAGAUCAAGAUCCUUUAAUCAAAAAACUAGGUAUAGAUUCAAAGUUGUUAAAAAUUACUUUAAAUGUAAUUUAUAUUAUUAUUGAUUAGUAACUUGAAAAAAUUGUUUUAGAACUAUCAGAAUAUAAAUUGUAAUUUAUCAUGAAAUCUAAGUAAGAUUAUUUAGAUGCAGAAAAGAAAAUCAAUCAAAAAAAAAAGUAAACUGUUUUAUAAUUCAUUUAUAGAGAAUAAAGAUAAACAAUUUAGAAAGAUGAAGAAAAGAAAAAGUAAAUAAUUGAGAGAAGAAGAAAGAAAGAAGAAUAAAUGGCUAACUUUUAUAGAGGGAGAAAGGAUAUGCGCAGAAAUUAUCCUGAAGAAAAAGUAAUUGUGGAAUAGGUUGUAGAAGACAAUGGUGAAAAUGACGAUGAAAAAUAUUUGUAAGAGAAUUAUGAACUUGUCUAUGUACCAUCAUAAAAAACUGAUAAUAUUUCAUCAUCAUAAUAAGUAUAAUAAUAAUAAUGA